UUUCUUUCUCCCCUUUUUGAAUCAAAAUCAUGGCAAAGAAGAACGGUGGCAACAAGAAAAAGAACGCCCGUAAGAACAAUAAGAAGACGACACCUACUCAAUCUACAACACCUUCUGUGACUGGAUCCAAUAGCUCAUCUACUGAGAAGCUGCCUUUAGAACAAAACAACGCGAUUGAUUCAAAAGUUACUCCUCAAAUUGAAGAGCCCAAGGUCAACACAGAGCCAAUUGAUUCCGAAAAGGUCAAGUCUGAUGACCCCAAGGAAGAAAUCUUGGGACAAGAAGAGACUAAGCCUUUGGAGGAAAAUAUGGGUAACAAUCAGGAAAACGAAUCUAAAUCUCAAAAGGUCGUACCAGAGGAACCACAACUCGAGACUAAGGCUACACAGCCCAUCGUACAGAAUACUGAUGAAACGAACGUAGCCGAAACAGUUCCUGCACCUGAAACAAAGACUGUUGUGGCUGAGGAAAGCAAGCCUACUGAAGUUAAAGAGGAAGUAGCCAAGCCUAUUGAAGACAAGUCUGAGCAAGUAAAGACGGAAGACGUAGCUGAAUCUAAAGUUGAGGAAGCCAAGGCUGAAGAAACUGUCCGAUCUAACAAUGAAGCCAAGAUUGAAGAAAUAAAGGUACAAGAUACUCCUAAGUCUGAAGAGACUCAAGUUGAGCAAUUGAAGGUGGAAGAAAUCAAGUCUGAACAAGCUGAGGCUAAAGAAAUCAAGUCCGAAGAAAUCAAGUCUGAAGAAGUCAAAUCUGAAGAAGUCAAAUCUGAAGAAGUCAAAUCCGAAGAGGUCAAGGCUGAAGAGGUCCAGAUUGAAGUAAUCAAGACUGAAGAAACCAAGACUGAAGAAACCAUUAAAGAGUCAAAGACCGAGGUUACAAAAGCAGAGGUUGAAGGAGCCAAUACUUCUGCAAAAGAGGAAGAGAAGCAACCUCCUGUCAAGGAAAACAAAGACAAUGAAGCUAUCCCUGCUUCUGAAGAGAACAAGGAGCAGCUGGAAUUACCAAAAGAAGAAAACACGAUCGAGACCGCUGUAACGAGUGACCAAUCUCAAAUGAGUAAUGAACAAACUAAAGUCACUAAAAGCGAGUCUUCUAUCAAGGAGUCUCACAGUAUCCUGACAGAAGGAGCAAGCUCUACUAUCAAAUCAUCAACAACCACUGCUAAUGAAUCAAACAAGUCAUUCAUCAAGAGAAGUAAAAGUGUCAUUGGAACACUUGGCGGUUCCCAGAAGAAUGUGACAAAAAGAAAAUCACAACUUUUGGGAUUGUUCAAGCGUAAUGAAAAGGACAACAUGAAUACACCUCCUAUGCCUAGCUUACCUGCAACAAUUGAAGAAGUAUCUGAAAAGAAAGAGAUCAAGCCAGAAAAGAAGGUGAAAUCACGUAAAUCAUGGAUGUUCUGGAAAUCAUCCGUGACUACUAUUAAGCAAUAAUCAUUAAUACUUUGUACACUUUUUUUUUUCUUUUUUACGCAUAUUAAUUUCUUAAAUAUUAAAAGGCGGUUAAUAAAUACACAUCAUUCGCUUUUGUUAAUCAUGAACACGUAUUUCAAAAGUGAAUGAAAAUGUGCUUCAUUAAGGAAAUGACACAAUGCAAAUAGACACUCCCUUCAAGUUAUAAAGUUGCAUUUAGCACAAAAAAAAAAAGAAAAGGGAUGAGUCUGUGAUCAAAUUACG